AUGAGUGCUCAUCCAACUGAAAAUAUCAAUGUGGAUGAAGAUGAAGCUGUUGCCGAUAUAUGGGAUCUCGCCUCCACAUUCUCGAUAUCGUCCAGUACCAGUGUGUUAGACUAUCCGAUAGAGCACGGCCGACAAUAUCAUGCUUACAAGAGUGGCUCCUACCAUCGGCCAAAUGACGAAGAGGAGCUCGACCGACUCGAUCUCAUGAAUGCCUUGCUACAGAUGGUCAACAACGACAAACUUCACCUCGCCCCAAUUGAACCUGCAUCGCAGCGCAUCCUUGACAUUGGUGCAGGGACCGGUAUUUGGUGCAUCGCCAUGGGCGAUCAGUAUCCAUCAGCCGAGAUCAUUGGCGUCGACAUCAGCGCUAGUGCGCCCCCAUUACUUCCGCCAAAUGUCCGGUUCGAGAUUGACGACGUGGAAGACCCAUGGACUUACGGAAAUCCCUUCGACUAUAUCCACUCCCGCUACAUGGCCGGCUCUAUCAAGGACUGGCCACGACUAAUGGAGCAAUGUUAUGUCCACCUAAAACCAGGCGGUUGGGUGGAGUUCCAAGAUUUCGACAUUGACUACUACUCUCAAGAUGGCUCUCUAACACCCGAUCACGCCCUGCGGCGCUGGCUCACCACGGCCUACGGUGCCGAAAAGCAGACUGGACGUACCCUAUGCCCCGGGAAGUAUUUGGAACGAUGGGUGCACGAGGCAGGUUUUACUAAUGUCCAAGUCGUCAAGUCACCACUACCUCUGGGAGUAUGGCCGAAAGACCAGAAGCUCAAAAAGAUUGGAUUGCUCAACUGGACCCAACUUUGGGAGGGGCUACAGGGAAUGAGUCUGAGGCUGUAUAUUGAUUUCUUGGGAUGGAGUCGUGAGGACCUCGAGAUUCUCCUCACGGAGGUCAGAAAAGACCUAAAAGACUCCGCCGUCCAUGCCAUGUUUGAUCUGUUAGUCACCCUACGCUCCGAUGGCUAA